AUGGACGUCCGAACCAACGACUGUCAACUGGCCACAAUCGAUCCAACUCGAUUCUUAACAUUUUUCGAUCGAGCGUCAAAUCUUCCUUUAUCGGUUCCUGGUCGUGUAUUUCCGGUAACGGACGAUUAUUUGCCACCACCAGAAGGUUGUACCGAUCAAAAUUUGAUCGAAUUGCAUGUUGUUCCAACGAUUCUUCGCAUCUUUCCCAAACACGAAGGACACACACUUGUUUUUCUACAUGGUCAGCGCGAAAUUGAACAAGCAUUGAAAUUAUUCAAUCGUAAUAUUCCGGACGGAUGCGUGGCAUUGCCACUCUACGGUUCGUUAUCAUCCGAAGAACAAGAAAAAGUACUCAAAUUCGAUGAUGAAGAUUCGAAACGAC